AUGGAGAUAUCUAGUGACUCUGAAAGUGGAUGUAACGUGCCAAUAAAACUUGGCAUGGAAUUUGAUUCAGAUGAGCAUGCAUAUGAUUAUUACAAUGAAUACGCGGCUGCAAUUGGUUUUAGUGUUAGGAAAGAAUAUGCAAACAAAAACAGAGUACACGGAAAGGAAACUAGAACCGGUUGCUUGGCUCAUGUUAUUGUAAGUCGUCAAUCAAAUGGGAGGUUUCGCAUCACUUCAUUCGAAGAGAAACAUAACUAUCCUCUUGUUCCUCCAUCUUUAGUUCAUCUGUUGCCAUCACAAAGAAAGAUAAAAAUGGCUCAAGCAUAUGAAAUUGACUUAUUAGACGAUUCAGGGAUACGUCCUAAAGCGUCAUUUGAUUAUGCUGCUCGUCAAGCUGGAGGACAACCUUUUCUAGGCUACACUAAGAGAGAUCAUAAGAAUUAUCUUCGUGACAAAAGAACAGAUAGUUUGAAACAUGGAGUGGCUCGUAGCUUGGUGAAUUAUUUUGAGAAAUGA